AGUUCAGCUCGGGCGUAGUGAAGCCGUGCUUGCACGUGAGUAGCAUUCCUCGCCCAGGUUCCCUGCGCCCGUAAGGCCAGCCAUGGCUGGAUUCGAGGACUUCUGCGCGUCGCUGGGGCUGUCCGUGGGGAUCGGCAAGUUCCUGGUGUGCUACCUGAUCAGCAUCCCCUGCUGCUUCCUCCAGCGGCUCCUCCCAGCCGGCGCCGUCCGCCAUGUCUGGGCGACGCUGUCCGGCCUCGUGCUCACGUACAUUGCGUUCGGAUACGAGUCGCUGGGUCAUUGCGUGGUGGCGUGCGUGGUGGCGUAUGGAUCCAUGCUCGUGUACCGCAGGCAAUGCGGGGUGAUCACCUUCUUCACCACUUUCGCGUACCUCAUCGGCUGCCAUGUGUUUUACAUGAGCGGCGAUUCGUGGCGGCAAGGAAACAUUGACUUCACUGGCGCCAUGAUGAUCCUCGUGCUCAAGGUGACGUCAGUGGCGUACGACUACCAGGACGGCGGCAAGCCGCAGAAGGCGGACGACGCCAAGGCGGCCGCUGCAGCGGCGGCGAGCGACGCGCCGAAGCCGAUCAAGGCGCUGCCGAGCCUGCUGCAGUUCCUCGGGUACACCUUCUGCUGCGGGCUGCACUUCGCCGGACCCUUCUACGACUUCUCCGCCUACAACGACUGGAUCGACCGCAAGGGGAUCUGGGCGCCUGGCACGCGCACGCCCCCGGCGCUCGUCCCCUUCCUGCGCGCGUUCAUCCAGGGCAUCUUCGCCGCAGUCAUCCAGCUCAAGCUCGCGUCCAUCCUCGAUAUAGACAUCCUCAAGACGCCCAAGGUGUACUUCGACAUGCCGUACUGGCGGCGGUUCCUGUUCAUCUACCACGCGUGCGAGGUGACCCGGUGGAAGUACUACUUCAUCUGGUCCAUCUCCGAGUCCGCCAUGAUCGCCGCCGGUGGGGUUCAGCGGAUGGGUGCGCAAGAUGGGCAAGGGGGACGGCGGAAAGGAGGGCGCGGGGAAGGAGAACGGGGAGGGUAAGGAGAAGCACGUGGGCGGGAGCUUCUCGGAGGUGGCGUCGUGGAAGCGCGCGCAGAACUGCCACAUCCUGGGCGU